AUGGCGUCAAUGAACCGGAGAGGCGCGACUCACAAUCCGAAUAAAGACUUGCAGAAUCAGGAAAACAUGUUCUCAAGACUAGUCAUGUUUGCGAAAAGCAGGCAAGAAAAUCGGGGAAAUGUCGAUCCAAAACCACCACACAGGACCGUGCUGGGGGUACUGCAGAACGACCAACAUAACCCCCUCUCGCAACAAGACGCAAAAGAGGUUGCUUCCUGUCGUGUACCGUCGUGCAAAACUGAUGGAAACAAUGGCAAGAGUCUUGCCGAGAAAGUGGUCACCAAACAGCCUGACUUCCAUAUAUUUCUGGACGAACCUGAUGGCGCCUGUACACAGAAGCAAGUGGGAACCAAAGCAAAGUUAAUGUCAGGAAACCAUUGUGCUACCUCUUUGUCGCUGCUCAGGCAGCGCCUGUCCAGUACUGACGUACCAGUAUGCAUGGAUGUCAGUUAUGAUUCUCCAGCGUUGAUGGACAUGUCAGUCGCCAAGGCUGAUGAGAAACCAGCAAAUGUUAACGAAGUGAGCGAUUAUGCUGUUGAAAUCCACAAGUAUUUAAGGGAGUUGGAGUUAAAGUCCAGGCCAAAAGCUGGCUACAUGAAGAAACAGCCGGAUAUCACAAACAGCAUGCGAACUAUUCUCAUCGACUGGUUGGUCGAGGUUGGGGAGGAGUACAAACUUCAAAAUGAAACACUUCACCUGGCUGUAAACUACAUCGAUCGGUUCCUGUCUGUAAUGUCAGUUCUUAGAGGAAAGUUGCAGUUGGUUGGAACUGCAGCUAUGUUGUUGGCUUCUAAAUUUGAAGAGAUCUACCCUCCGGAGGUGGCAGAGUUCGUUUAUAUCACGGAUGACACAUACACGAAGAAACAGUUGUUAAGAAUGGAACACCUCAUCCUGAAGGUCCUUUCUUUUGACCUCGCUGCCCCUACAAUCAACCAGUUUCUCACACAAUACUUCCUACAUCAGCCAGUCAGCCAAAAAGUUGAGAGCUUGUCGAUGUUUCUAGGGGAGCUGAGUUUGGUAGACUCUGAAUCUUUCCUGAAGUAUCUGCCAUCCCACACGGCUGCUGCGGCUUUUGUUUUGGCAAACUACAUAAUCACCAGGGGUUCGAUGUCACAGGCUUUAGUUGAGAUGACAAAGUACACCCUGGAGGACCUCAUGCCCUGCAUUGUGGAACUGCAUCAGGUCCACAUCACUGCUAGCCGGAACGCACAGCAGUCUGUGAGGGAGAAAUACAAGAGCUCCAAGUACCAUGAAGUUUCCCUCAUUGAGCCACCAGAGAAACUGCACUUGAAGUGAUUUUUUUUUUUUUGUUAUACAGUAUAAAGUAUUUGCAGUAGUUAUUUUGUACAGUUUAAAUGACACUAUCAUCAGAGUAUUUCAAUAAAUUAAUUGCCCUUAUACAGUGGAGAGACAAGCCCUCUCUGAGCAUUUUAUUAAAUGUGUUUUUAUUGUUUUAAUGUACCAUCUUAAGUUUUUUUUAUGCUUGAUGCAACCUGACAUUUGUAAACUUGUAUAAUCACUGUCUUUAAUUCCAUGCUACUGUCUUUUCCCUUAAUGAACCUUAAAUUUUGUUUAAUUGGGGCCACUGGAAUUUAAUCUUGUAUUAAUGGUGCUGUUCACUCCCUGAUCCACGUUUUUUUCCCAACUGGCUACUGCCUUGUGUACCCUUAGAUGUUUAGUAAGGGAACAUCAUGGAGUGUCGGCAGACUUAAUUUACUUUGAUUUAUUUGGAAAUCAAGGGUGUAGAUGUAGUAUUAACGUAAUAUUCUGACAACUGUAACUACGAUGCUUUACAAUUAAAUCUGAUCAAAUCAGAAUUUGUUUGAUAUUCUCUGUAAGCUACACAUAUACACAACAUGCUUAGUUUUUGAGCCUUUCGUGUUGAUGAGCUCAAAAUUAGCCAGAAGUCUUCCAUACCUAAAAAGAUUGCCUAUAGCAAUUUUGUCGCACCCCUGACCGCAACUCAUG